AUGCCAGUUGUAAAGGCCAAGUUCAUAUUCCAGGUUACGGAAAAUUUGGAACUUGAAGUGCGUGCAGACAGCGUUCAACCGGCUCGACUCAUUCUUCCCAUCACUAUCAUCCCAACAGAUACAGAAGUUCAUGAACAACAGAAGGAGAAGGAAAUGCGAAAAGAUGUGAAAGAGGAGACGCAGAUCGAAGCACCUCGCUUACCAGCUAUCAGCGAUCAGCUUCCAGUAUGUCCUCGCAUAUAUGCGAUUCAGUUGUACCUGCAUGUGGUAAUCAUACUUAUAACCAUCCUUGGCCUCACAGUUUGCGUAUUGUUAUGUCGUCGAAAGCCGAAGAAGAAGCCUACACCAGCACCGUCAACACCGCAACUGCCCUCCACUCCAAGAACGUCACUUCCGGAAAAGCCGGAUUUGUUAGGUCAGAGUUUUUGGUUGUUGCGCCAAAUGCGCCCCUGA